GCUCGAGCAUUGUUAUUCCAAAGAAUGUAAUUGAUGCAGAAACAUUGAGGGCUCGAUUGAUUUCAAGAGCUCCACUUCAGAAUCCAAAUAAGCCAUCUAUAACUAUGGGAUUUCGUCGGGUAACAAGAGCUCAGAUGGCAACAAGAGACCGACAAAAAGGAAUUUACUUAGAACCACUGCCCACUCUGGCAACUUUCCAAGCUCAUAAUCAGCCUUCCUACAUUCAAGAACAGAAUAGAUUAGCCUUGCUCAGACAAGGAUGGAAGCCACCCACACCCCAAACUACAAGUAGUUUAGGUGCCUUACAACGUGGCAGUUCUCCAUCAAGAAAACGAUCAGCUGCAGGAAGUGCAAUGGUCAUCGAAUCAACACCGAGUGAUAUUCCUGGGCCUUCUUUUUCUGACAAACCUGUGUUAGCACCUAUUCCACCUAAACAACCCAAAAGCAGACCAGUGUCAAGAACUUAUCCAUCAAGACAGAUAUCAACUGACGGAAGAAGAAGAUUUAGAUCAUUAGAAGAUGUUGUUGCAGCAAAUAUCACUGAUACACUUGAGAUUAUUGAAAUUGUCAGAGAAAAUAAAAAUCUAGGAUUUCUAUAUAUGACUCCUCGUGCCGACCGCUCUUCUAAUGAAUAUUCACCGUACAAUCUACAAAUCGUAACUCAUGAUAAUAUCAAACCUGAUGACUACAUGACAAUCAGUGCCAAGGGGGUCACAAGAGUUCACGAUGGAGAUAGUGAAUUCACUGAACUAGACAGAUGGGAACAAGAAUACAGAUUUUACUGCAAAUUAGUCAAAAUACCAGCAUUUAAAUUAUUUCGAAAAUGGAGAUCUUUCACUGUGUGGAGAAAUAAUGUUAACCAUCAUAAAACAGAAAUAAGAAGAAAAGCUCUGCAGGAAAAUCUGUUUUUCUUGAACAGUUCUCUUCGCCCAGCUUUACUCAACGUUCGAGAAAUGUGUUACAGAAUUGGUGACAUGGGACUCUGUCGUAUUGAAAAGGGAUACACUUAUAAACUACAUCAAUUUCGUGAAGCUCAAUUCACUCAGUUGGCUGAAGUACAAGGCAGACUUGCUGAAUUUCGUGAUCUCGUCAAGGAAGUUGUCAGGAGUGCUUGCAGAACUGCUCUUCUUGAAGCUGGAUUCACUCCUGAUGAUUAUUUUUAUGAUUUUGAUACACCUGGACAGAUGCAGUAUGGUGAAGAUGGGCAACCUAUACCUGGUACUGCAGGAUCAUCGAUGUUGAUGCAGACUCAAAUGGAAGAUAUAUAUGGUGAUGCUCCAGACAAAAUGACUUACACAGAACAAGCAAAUAAAAGAUCACAUUGUCGACGUUUGACAAGCUUUAUCAGACUUGCUGAUUAUUUGAUUGUCAACACAAUGCAUGUGCUUGCAGUCAACAGUGUAUCAACAUUGCUUAACUACCUGACUGAACAAUUGAAACAAACACCAACUAACGAUACAAUAUUGAAUUGGGAUAAGGCUGAUGCAACAGAUGAGCAGCCAACAAAAGAAGACGAUACAAAAACAACAACUGCAAUCAGCACUGCUACAGGAAUUGAUGAAGAUGCACCAACAAUACUUCCACCCUUGUUUGUUACUGAAUUUAAUCUUGAUAUAACAAGUUUGUCAUUUACUCCCAAUAUGGAAGACUUCCAUGAUGGACUUGGAAAAGUUAUCGACAAAUUUCAGGAUACAGUGUUAUCUGUGUCCAACCUUGUUGUCGACAUCUAUUUUGAUGCAUUCACUCGUCCUAUGAUCAACAAUAAAUUUGAAGAAAAAGCUUGUGGUGAGGGACCAUCUCUCGGUGCAAUGUUUGAAGAUGACAGACACUUGCAGGGACUUAUAUCUCAGAUUAAGGAUGCAGUGAACCAGGCAUUUAGAUCAUCCAAACUGUAUGCAGACACACUGUCUCAUAUUCAAGCAUUCUUCAAAGAAAACGAAAGUCUCGAUCUUACAGAAUUACAAGAAAGUGAACACGAUGUUACGUUCUUUGCUGAUUCUCUGGAUAAAUAUCACAGUCAACAUAAACAAGCUCUAUUAAUUAAAACAAAGAGAGAACUAGGAAUGCUUCUUGUUGAUGCCACUAAAUUGAAAGAACGCUUGAUUCCGAAUCCUUUGCGAUGUUUGGAGGCUAUCAAUGACCUGCUACCCAAACUUGCUAAACAAAAUAUGGACAAGAUUAUAUCGGAAGCACAAGAUGCUCAAUUUAAACUUGAACUAGCUCCAUCCACGACUUAUGAAUUUGUUGAAAGUCUCACGUUUCUUGAUGAGAUUCAGGAUCGUAUCGAACCACUCGAUCUCGAGUCGAGUGUCGUUGUUAUGAUGUAUGAUCUCAUUGAUAAAUACAAUGUACCUACUCCACCUGAGGACUUUGCUGUUUACAAGACUUUGCGACCCACAAUCCAUAAUGUCCGAAAUGUGAUUGAUAAAGCUGUAUCAGAGAGAGAUGCCAAUAUUGAUAAAUUCUGUAACCAUAUGGAUAAAGACAUUGCAGAACUUGCAAAAGAAGUCAAGGCUGUGAAACAAGACAGUCAGGAUCCAAAAAUUCUGGACAAGAACACAAGUAAAGAUGAAGUGAAAGGAAUGAUACUUAAAAUGAUGACAACAAUGGAUGACUUGCAAAAGAGGGCGUUUCAAUGCAAAACUUACCAGAAGAAAUUCAAGGUUGAAGUUGCCAAAUUCGAUGAACUGGAAGAAGUUCACGCAGAGCUCAAAUUGAAAGAACUUUUAUGGAAAUCUCUUGAUGAAUGGGAUGAUUUAUAUGAAAAGUGGUUGGAUGAAGAUUUUGAUCAAAUAGAUCCAGAAGAUCUCAAUCAAUAUGUUGCAAAAUAUGGAAAAUAUUCUCAUCAAUUGGAGAAAGGACUUCCACCUAACAGUGUUGUUCCUAUCUUGAAAGAAAAAGUCGAUGGCAUGAGAGAUAAGAUGCCUGUGAUUACCAAUCUUCGUAAUCCAUUUCUCAAACAAAGGCAUUAUGAGAAGAUUGAAAGUGUAGUUCAACACAAGUUCCCCACAGGUCAAAGUGAAGAAGAAGAAAAACUUUGUCUUCGUUUACUUAAUGAAUGGGAAGUUUUUGAAUACUCUGAUCAAAUUGAAGAAGUUUCUGGCCAGGCUUCUGGUGAAGCUUCAUUGGAAACAAUGUUGAAAAAGGUUGAAGACUCCUGGAAAGCAACAGAAUUUGUUGUUCUACCUCACAGAGAUUCAAAAGAUGUUUUUAUUCUUGGUGGGACAGAUGAUGUACAGGUUCAACUUGAUGACAGUAGAGUAUCAAUAUCAACAAUAUCAACAUCAAGAUAUGUUGGUCCUAUACAAGGUAGAGUUGAAGAUUGGCAAAAACAAUUGAACCUGAUGAACGAUACUUUGGAUGAAUGGCUGAAUUGUCAACGAAACUGGCUCUACUUGGAAUCCAUCUUCAGUGCUCCUGAUAUUCAGAGACAACUUCCUGCUGAAGCAAAGAUGUUCAUGACAGUGGAUAAAUCAUGGAAAGAAAUAAUGAGAAAAGUUAACAGAUUACCAAAUGCUUUGAGAGCAUCAACUCAGCCUGGUCUACUCGAACAAUUUCAAAACAACAAUGCACUUCUCGAUCAAAUUCAGAAAUGUCUUGAGGCUUAUCUUGAAUCAAAGCGUGUCAUCUUCCCUAGAUUUUACUUCUUAUCCAACGAUGAAUUAUUGGAGAUUUUAGCCCAGACUAGGAAUCCUCAGGCUGUUCAACCACAUCUCCGCAAAUGUUUUGAUGCGAUUGCACUUCUUGAAUUCGGAACUGUCUCUGUACCCUCCUCUGAUGGUAGAGCAACACCUAGUGGAGAGAAGCCAGAGGUUCAAAUAACCAAUGAUAUUCUUGCAAUGAUUUCACCUGAAAAGGAAAAUGUCAGUCUCGGAAAAGGCUUAAAAGCUCGUGGUAAUGUUGAAGAUUGGUUGGGUAAAGUAGAGGAAGCUAUGGUCACCAAUCUACGUAAACUUACUAAACUAUCAAUGUCUGAUUAUAUGCAGAAGGAAAGAGAAGUGUGGUGUGUUCAACAUGCUUCUCAGGUUAUCUUGACUGUGUCACAAACAAUGUGGUGUAGAGAAGUAGAUGAAGUAUUAGAGAAUGAAGAUGUUGAUACCGCACUUCGUGCAUUUGAAUCAACUUGCUUCAGAAGACUAAACAACCUUGCAGCACUCGUACGAACCAAUAUUUCCAAACUACAUCGAAAUAUUCUGGGAGCUCUCAUUACAAUUGAUGUCCAUGCUCGUGAUAUCAUCACUGAAAUGGUGAGAUUGAAAGUAGAGAAUUCACAGAGUUUUGAAUGGCUUCGUCAACUUCGUUAUUACUGGGAUACAGAUAUUGAUGAUUGUGUUGUAAAAUGUGCAAAUUCAAGAUAUGUUUAUGGUUAUGAAUAUCUUGGUGCUUGUCCUCGUCUCGUCAUUACACCAUUGACUGACAGAUGUUACUUGUGUCUUAUGGGAGCUUUACAGCUUGAUCUUGGUGGAGCUCCUGCAGGUCCAGCAGGAACAGGAAAAACGGAAACAACUAAAGAUUUAGCUAAAGCACUUGCUAAACAAUGUGUUGUAUUCAACUGUUCAGAGGGUCUGGAUUUUAAAAUUAUGGGAAGAUUUUUCAGUGGUCUUGCGCAAUCCGGUGCUUGGUGUUGUUUUGAUGAGUUCAACAGAAUUGACAUUGAAGUAUUGUCUGUCAUUGCGCAACAACUAUUGACCAUAAGAAAUGCCAAAACAGCAAAACUUCAAAGAUUCAUGUUUGAAGGACGUGAGAUUAAGCUUGAUCCAACAUGCGCUGCAUUCAUUACAAUGAACCCUGGAUAUGCGGGACGUACUGAGUUACCUGAUAACUUGAAGGCAUUGUUCCGUCCAUUUGCUAUGAUGGUACCUGAUUAUAAACUGAUUGCUGAAGUCAUCUUGUACAGUGAAGGUUUUGAAUCUUCCAAAAAUCUUGCAAGAAAAAUGACUCAAAUGUACAAGCUUUGCUCUGAACAGUUGUCACAACAAGAUCACUACGAUUUUGGAAUGCGAGCUGUCAAAUCUGUAUUGGUCAUGGCUGGAUCACUGAAACGUGAAAAUCCAGAUAUUCACGAAGACAUUGUACUGAUUCGUGCUCUACGUGACUCAAAUCUUCCAAAAUUUUUGACGCAGGAUGCUCAACUGUUUCGCGCUAUCUUGUCUGAUUUAUUCCCUGGAGUUGAAAUUCCUGAACAUGACUAUGGUAUAUUCCAGUCAACUAUCCAAGACUGUAUGAUGGAAAAGGAAUUGCAACCAAUUAUGUCUAUGGUCAAAAAAGUAAUCCAACUUUAUGAAACGAUGCUUGUACGUCACGGUGUCAUGUUGGUUGGACCUACUGGAGGUGGAAAAACAACUGUAUACAAUAUGUUGGCUGAUACAUUGACUACUCUUCAUAAAAACGGACAUGAAAAUCCUAACUAUCAACUUGUUAAAACUGUUGUACUGAAUCCAAAAAGUAUCAGUAUGGGAGAAUUGUACGGAGAAGAAGACAAAUUAACUCUGGAAUGGAAAGAUGGUCUGAUGGCUAUCAGUGUGAGACAUGCAGUACAGGAUACUACCGAGGAUCACAAAUGGAUAGUCUGUGAUGGACCUGUCGAUGCAUUGUGGAUUGAAAAUAUGAACACCGUAUUGGAUGAUAAUAAAAUGUUGUGUCUUGCAAAUUCUGAGAGAAUCAAACUCACCAACUCCAUGCAUAUGUUGUUUGAAGUUCAGGAUUUGGCUGUUGCAUCUCCUGCUACUGUAUCACGUUGUGGUAUGGUAUACAUCGAUCCUGGUGAAUUGGGAUGGCGUCCCUAUGUCAAAACAUGGCUUGUGACAAAUAUGUCUGAAAAAGUUCGGGAAGAAACAAGAAAUUAUAUUCUGGAUUUAUUUGAUGCAUACGUGGAAGAUGGACUGAGAUUUGCUACAAAGCAAUGUAUCCAACCAAUGCCUCAAGUUGAUAUAAGUAAGGUGGCAACUUUAUGUUGUUUGAUGGAAUCUCUCCUGCUCGGGAAAGGUGGACCUGAUCUUAAACAGGAUCCCAUCCGACUUCAUCCACUCAUAGCGAAUGCAUUUAUAUUUUCAUACCUGUGGUCAAUCGCUGGUAAUCUCGUGGAUACAAGUUGGGAUUCAUUCGACACUUUUGUGAGAGGACAAAUGGAAGACAACCCAGAAAUGAAGCUUCCUCCAAGUGGAGAUUUAUUCAACUAUCAUAUGGAUUUUGACAACAAGAGGUUUGAAGUCUGGGAGAGAAUUAUUCCUUCUUUCAAAUACAAUCCUGAACUUCCUUUCUUUGAAAUUCUUGUUCCAACAAUUGACACUGUGAGAUACGGAUAUAUCAUGGAAAAACUUCUUGCUGUCAAUAGAUCAGUACUUUAUACUGGUGGUACCGGUGUUGGUAAAUCUGUUGUUGCAAGAGGACUUCUUGAUUCUAUUGCUGAUGACCAAGGAUAUGUUGCUGUUUACAUGAACUUUUCUGCACAAACUUCUUCUGCUCGUACUCAAGAAAUUAUUGAGGGGAAAUUGGAGAAGAAAAGAAAGAAUAUUAUUGGUGCUCCACCAAACAAGCGUGUUGUUAUAUUCGUUGAUGAUUUGAACAUGCCAAAACUGGACAGAUAUGGAAGUCAACCUCCUAUUGAAUUACUCAGGCAAUAUCAAGAUUUUAGAGGAUUAUACGACAGAGAAAAAAUGUUCUGGAAGAUCAUAAAAGAUGUCACCAUUGCUGCAGCUUGUGCUCCACCUGGUGGCGGUAGAAAUCCAGUAACUCCGAGAUUUAUUCGACAUUUUUCAAUGCUCUGUCUUCCAUCUCCAUCAGAAUUCAACUUGAAAAUGAUAUUUUCUGCAGUUCUUCAUGGAUUCUUGCAUGACUUUCCUCAACCUGUAAAACAAAGUGCUACAAACAUUGUUGAUGCAGCUAUUGAGAUCUACGGAAGAAUGUCAACUGAUCUACUUCCAACUCCUGCUAAAUCUCACUAUGUUUUCAAUCUCAGAGAUCUUUCCAAAUGUAUUCAGGGUAUCAUGAGAGCUGAUUCUGGUGUCAUCAGAGAGCAGGCUCACAUAUUUCAUUUGUUCUGUCAUGAGUCACAAAGAGUGUUCCAUGAUCGUCUAAUUAAUUUUGAUGAUAAAACAUAUUUCAACAACAUUCUAUCUGAAAUGGCAAGCAAACAUUUUGGACAAACUGUUGAGCCUGACAGUUUCGUGACAAAACCAAUUAUUUUUGGUGAUUUCAUGAAAGUUGGAGCUGAAAAAUCUGACAGAAUUUAUGAGGAUCUUACUGACAGGAUGGAAAAAGUAAAAACAGUACUUGAAGAUUAUCUUGAUGAUUACAAUCUUGCUUCAUCCAAAGAAAUGAAACUUGUUUUCUUUCAAGAUGCAAUUGAUCAUGUAUCUAGAAUUGUGCGUAUGAUCGUGACUGAACGGGGAAAUGCUUUACUCGUUGGUGUUGGUGGUUGCGGUAAACAAUCUCUCACCAGACUUGCAUGUCAUGUUUGUGGAUACCGAUGCAUUCAAAUUGAACUUACUCGAGGAUACAAUUAUGAUUCCUUUCAUGAAGAUUUGAGAAAAAUCUAUGUUACUGCUGGAGUGGAGGGAAAAGAUACUGUGUUCUUGUUCACUGAUACUCAGAUUGUUCAAGAGGAAUUUCUUGAAGAUAUCAACAACAUUCUCAACUCAGGAGAAGUUCCUAAUUUAUUUGAGAAAGAUGAUCUGGAACAAGUGCUUGGUGCUGUUCGACCAUUUGCCAAAGCUGCUGGAAUUGCAGAAGGAGAUAGAGAUGGUGUCUUCCAACAUUUCAUCGCUAGAGUUCGUCAAAAUCUACAUAUUGUAUUAUGUAUGUCUCCUGUUGGUGAUUCUUUCCGUGCAAGAUGUCGUAUGUUCCCGUCUCUUGUCAACUGCUGUACUAUUGAUUGGUUUGUCCAAUGGCCAGAAGAAGCUUUACUCAGUGUAUCAGAAUCUUUCCUUGCUCCUGUAGAAGGAUUAGAUGAUGCUAUCAAACCUAAAUUGUCCACGAUGUGUGUGGAGAUCCAUACAAGCGUCAAUAAAAUGGCUGAAAGAUUUUAUUCUGAACUACGUCGUCAUUAUUACACUACACCAACAUCUUAUCUGGAAUUGAUUAAUUUGUAUCUCAGCAUGUUGGACGAGAAAAAGAAAUCACUUGUCGUUGCAAGAGAUAGAUUUAAGACUGGUCUAAGUAAACUUCUUGAAACCAACGAGCUUGUAGACAGCAUGCAAGAAGAACUAACUGCUCUCGAACCUGAACUGAAAAAGAAAAGCAAAGAAACAGAAGAAUUGAUGGAAAGGUUAACUGUUGAUCAAGAAAAAGCUGAUCAGGUCAGAAAAGUAGUUUUGGAAGAUGAAGCCGUUGCCAAAGUAAAGGCUGAGGAAACACAAGCUAUUGCGGCCGAUGCACAACGUGACUUGGAUGAGGCAUUACCUGUUUUAUCUGCUGCAAACAAAGCUUUGGAUGCAUUGGAUAAAAGUGACAUCGCUGAAAUCAAAGUAUUUGCCAAACCACCUGAUCUUGUCCAAGUUGUCUUGGAAACGGUUGCAAUUCUUCUCAAUGCAAAACCAGACUGGGCAACAGCAAAAGGAUUGUUGGGGGAUCCAAACUUUUUGAAACGAUUACUUGAAUAUGACAAAGACAAUAUUCCAAACAAGAUUUUGUCAAAACUAACAAAAUAUAUCAACAAUGCCGAUUUUGUACCAGAAAAAGUGGAAAAAGUCUCGAAAGCUUGCAGAUCGAUGUGCAUGUGGGUGAGAGCAAUGUACACAUACUCUCAUGUUGUGAGAGAAGUUGAACCCAAGCGAGAAAGACUUCGUGCUGCACAAGCUGAACUUGACGUGACUAUGGCAUCCCUCAAAGAAAAGCAGGAUAAAUUGGCUGCAGUAGAGGCUCAAAUCGCUGAUUUACAGGCAUCAUUUGAACACAGUGUACAAGAGAAAGAUCAUCUUAUGAAAACAAUGGCAUUAACAGCUGCCAGACUGAAGCGAGCAGGAAAACUAACUGCUGCAUUGGGAGAUGAACAAGUACGUUGGGGUGAGAAAGUAGAGGAAUUUGAAAUUCAGAUUGGAAACGUUGUUGGUGAUGUGUUUAUUGCAGCAGCAUGUAUUGCUUAUUAUGGUGCUUUCACAUCGACAUACAGAGAUUUACUUGUUAUUGGAUGGACUGAAAAAUGUAAAGAACUGGAAAUUCCUACAUCUGAUGAUUUGAGUCUGGUUAAAAUCUUGGGAGAUGCUUAUGAAAUACGACAGUGGAAUACAGAGGGUUUACCUCGUGAUGCAGUGUCAACUGAAAAUGCUAUUCUGGUAACUAGAGCUCGUCGUUGGCCUCUUAUGAUUGACCCACAAGAUCAGGCAAACAGAUGGAUCCGUAACAAAGAAACAAAGAAUGGAUUGAAAGUUAUCAAACUGAGUGAUCCAAAUUUCUUGAGAACAUUAGAAAAUUCAAUCAGGAUUGGAAUGCCUGUGUUGUGUGAAGAAAUCGAAGAAACAUUGGAUCCAGCACUUGAACCUGUACUUCUCAAACAGACCUUCAUGUCCGGUGGUCGGAUGUUGAUUCGUCUCGGAGAUUCAGAUAUUGAUUAUGAUAAAAACUUCCGAUUCUACAUGACAACAAAGAUGUCUAAUCCUCAUUAUUUACCUGAAGUCUGUAUCAAGGUCACCAUCAUUAAUUUCACUGUCACAAAACUUGGACUUGAAGAUCAGAUUUUGAGUGAUGUUGUCAGACUGGAAAGACCAGAUCUCGAGGAACAGAGAAAUCAGCUUAUUUUGAGAAUCAAUGCUGAUAAAGCACAACUGAAAUCAAUUGAAGAUCAAAUUUUGAAAUUACUUUUCCAAUCUGAGGGAAAUAUUCUUGACAAUGAAGCUCUCAUCAACACUCUUAAUGACUCAAAAGUAACCUCAGGAGUGAUUUCUAAACGACUCGAAGAAGCUGAAGCGACAGAACUCAACAUUUCGGAAGCUCGAGAGAAAUAUCGUCCUGUUGCUACCAGAGGAUCUGUUCUGUUCUUUGUUGUUGCAUCGCUAUGUGAGAUUGAUCCCAUGUAUCAGUUUUCACUUCAAUAUUUUAAUGAUAUAUUCAACAUGACCAUCAACAAUGCUGAAAAAUCAAAAGAUUUGAACAAGAGACUGAAUAUAUUGCUGAAUGAAACGACUUUUGCGAUCUAUCGUAAUGUUGCACGAGGUCUAUUUGAGCGUCAUAAGCUCAUCUUCAGCUUCAUGGUUUGUGUUGACAUUCUCAAACAACGAGGAACUAUACCUGAAAAUGAAUGGAAUUUUUUCUUACGUGGACCAUCAGGAAUGGAUCGUAAACAUCCUCCUAAACCUGAAGUUGACUGGCUUUCAGAAGAGGUUUGGGACAAAUGCAAUGAUUUGGAAGACAGUUUACCAGGCUUCAAAGGACUUACAGAAGACCUCUUACGAACACCGAUAUAUUGUGCUAUGGGUGAAAUAGAGAUCCGCCUCAAUCCCGCAGAAUGGAGUGAAUAUACUGUUCCAGAGCCACCACCAUAUGUAAGGCCAGCCACACCCAAAGAUGAUGAAGAACCACCAGAUACAAGUGAUCUCGUCGGACAUUGGGAAGAAAGACUCACAACCUUCCAGAAACUGAUACUUAUCAAGAACUUUAUAGAAGAAAAGCUUGUCAACUCUAUCACUGACUUUGUUAUGAUGAAGCUUGGAAAACCAUUUGUUGAAAAUCCACCUGUUUCUCUCGCAUCUCUCUAUGCUGAUCUUACUAAUAUGAUUCCACUUGUGUUUGUACUAAGCACUGGAUCUGAUCCUAUGGGUGCUUUCUUGAGAUUUGCUAAAGAACGUGAUUAUGAAAGCAACAUUCAGGCUAUUUCUCUUGGUCAAGGUCAAGGACCAGUUGCUGAAAAACUCCUCAACAAAGCACGAGAACAUGGUGGAUGGGUCUUCUUACAGAAUUGUCACUUGGCAAAAUCUUUCAUGCCAAGAUUAGAAGAAGUCAUCAAAGAGUUCAAAGAAAAAGGAGUUGAAUAUAUUCACGAUGAUUUCAGACUCUUUCUCAGUUCAAUGCCGACAAAUUUCUUCCCUGUUACUAUUCUACAGGGAUCUGUCAAGGUAACAAAUGAACCUCCAAAAGGUCUUCGAUCAAAUGUACGUGGAGCAUUCUCUGCAAUUUCUAAAACAUUUUUCGAAGAUAAUCUUCUGGACAUGAAUUGGCGAAGAGUGAUUUUUGGAAUCUGCUUUUUCCAUGCAAUUAUUCAAGAGAGAAAGAAGUUUGGACCUCUAGGUUGGAACAUUCGUUAUGAAUUCACUGAUUCUGACAGAGAAUGUGCUUUACUGAAUCUUCAACUUUUCUGCUCUGAGACAAGAAUUCCUUGGGAUGCUCUUAUUUACAUUACUGGUGAAAUCACUUAUGGUGGUAGAGUCACAGAUGCCUGGGAUCAACGUUGUUUGAGAACAGUGCUAAGCAGAUUCUUCCGUGAAGAUACAUUGUCUCCUGACUACAAAUAUUCAGAUUCUGGAGUUUAUUUUGCUCCUCAAUAUAAAACAAUUGAAGAAUACAGAGACUACAUUGAUAAAAUGCCAGUUUCUGAUGAUCCAGAGAUAUUCGGAAUGCACAUGAAUGCUAACUUGUCUUUCCAGAAACAAGAGACAAACAUCAUGGUGACAACAAUUCUUGAUGUUCAACCAAGAAUGUCUGGAGGAGGAAGUGGAAAAUCUAGUGAUGAUAUUGUGAAAGAACUUGCUGAAAGCAUCAUGGAAAAACUCAAUUUCGUACUUGAUAUGGAUAAGGCUGAAGCAUCAAUGUUUAAACUUGACUCUAAAGGAAGAGUGAACUCUCUGACAACCGUGCUUCAACAAGAAGUAGAAAGAUUUAAAAAAUUAAUUAACGUCAUUCAAUCGUCUCUUGGAACACUCAAGAAAGCUAUUGCUGGUAUCGUUGUCAUGAGUGAACAAAUGGAAAUGAUCUACUCGAGCUUCUUAAACAACCAGGUUCCUGGAUUAUGGGCUGCAGCAGCUUAUCCAUCUCUCAUGCCCCUUGCAUCAUGGGUAAGAGAUGUUCAACUACGUUGCUUUUUUAUUGAACGAUGGAUUUAUACUGGACCACCAAAAUCAUUCUGGAUAUCAGGAUUCUUCUUCCCACAAGGAUUUUUGACGGGAUCUCUGCAAAACCACUCAAGAAAAUAUGAUUAUCCAAUUGAUCGACUCAACUUCCAUUUCCAUCCCAAACCAUUAUAUCGGGAUCAGGGUGAAUAUCAUGAGAAAAUAUCAAAUCUUGGAUUUGGUGAAGAAAUUGAAGCUGACAAUGAACUUCCAGAGAUAACCGAUGGUGUUCUGGUACAUGGUCUGUACACUGAUGCAUUCAGAUGGGAUGAUGAUACAAUGCUGAUGGCAAACGAAACUGAAAGAGUAAUGAAUGAACGAAUGCCCAUUCUACACAUGGAACCUAAAAUGGAUUUCACUCCACCUGAAGAAGACUACAAUUGUCCAUUGUACAAAACUGGUGCCAGGGCAGGAGUGUUGUCCACUACUGGACAUUCAACAAACUUCGUUGUAUCAGUGCAUCUACCGACUGACAGAAGCCCAGACUACUGGAUUUCAAAAGGUUCAGCUUUGCUGUGUGGCUUAGCUGAAUAGUAGUUUUUUUCAGAUUUUUUUGUAAAAUAAAAUAGAGUUGUCUUUAUAGAUUUGAAAAAUAAUAUUUUUUUAAAUUUCAACUUCAUUUCGCACAUUUGAAAUAUUCCAAUUUUUGCACCUAAUGGUAGCUCCUAAUGUUUUGUACAAUCUUAAUUCACUGUGAGGUAAUUUUUUAAAGUCUUAUUCAACCAUUUGAUUAAAGUUUAUGAUAAAUGUAACUUCAAAUAAUUCUUACAAGCAUAAUUUCGUUCAUCAAGAAUGUUUCAUUGUGAUUUUUAUAAGCCAAUAUAGUUCACUGUUGCCUUACUAGGCCUAGUAAAUAUUAUUUUUGUAAUAUAUUCUGUAGCUUCAAG